CCCAGGAAAGUUUAUGUGGCUCAAGCGACUGUUGGUUACUGUAUGUCAGUGGUAGUUUGAUCGUUUCCUUGUCGUUUCGAUGACGCUUCUGUUCAAGCCAAUGAAGCUGGCCACGACUCGGGUCACGUCCAUGCCCAAGGGCACUCUCAAGCAGCACAGACACUUGAGCUCUGCUGCAUCGGUGGCGAUCUGGAGAGAAGCGCAGGCUGUGUGCUUUGACGUGGACAGCACUGUGUGCAGCGAAGAAGGCAUCGAUGUGCUGGCGGCGCAUUGCGGUCAAGGAGAACGCGUCGCAGCCUGGACGACCAAAGCCAUGAACGGCGGUGUCAAGUUCGAAGACGCCCUCGCAGCGCGACUUGACAUCAUCAAGCCAUCGCAAAAGGACAUCGCCGACUGCUUGCGUGUUCAUCCGCCGCAACUCACGCCUGGCAUCGAAGCUCUAAUCAAAGGGCUCCAUGCGCGCGACGUCCACGUGUACUUCGUCUCUGGCGGCUUUCGACUGAUGAUUGCUCCGGUUGCAGACCGCCUGAAUGUACCUUCCGCCAACAUAUUUGCCAACACGAUUCACUUCAACGCCAGCGGCGCGUACGCCGGCUUUGACGACACGGAGAUGACGUCGCGCGAUGGCGGCAAACCCCGCGUCUUGGACAUGUUGAAGCAACAGCACGGGUACAAGACCGUGGUCAUGGUGGGAGACGGUGUCACAGACAUGCAGGCCAAGCCGCCCGCGGACCUGUUUGUCGGUUUUGGGGGUGUCGUCGAGCGCGAUGUGGUCAAGAAGCACGCCGACUGGUUCGUCAAGGACUUUGCCGACUUGACAAGUGCCCUGGCAUAAUAAUACUAAUAAUAAGUGCCCCAUCGACAGUUUUACGUUGGCGGUUU